CACUUACUGAAUGCUGAAACACCUAUUUAUUGAUAUUUUAACAAUUGAAUUGGUUUUUAUCAAUACGAUCUGGCACAACAGGCCAUUUAUGAACAUUCAGAGUUUGACGCCCCUGAUAUAUGGGAUAAAAACAAGUGAAUCAUGGACUAUUUUGAAUGUAAACAAGAAUAAAGAGUGAGAUAUUUGGUGGUGGAAUGAUGUCACACCACUAGCAAAAGAAGAUUCUGUGAUGUCACUGGCGAUGCAGUCUGUGAUGUCAUCAACUGCAGAAUUGUAAGCAACACAAUUCUGCAUAUUUUUCAUUGCUUGCAAUAUCUCUGACCAGUUCAGACGCAAAGCUCUUUCAGCUCGACCACUCAGGUAGUUUAACAAUCAACGAUUUUAGUGAUUGUAUUUAGGAGAAAAUGUCUUAUCAUACGCCGAGAUACCAAAGUGGAAUGAUGGCACCAAACGCGAGAAGGGGAGUCCAGCAAAACCCCCAAGCCAGGUUCCCUCCUGCACACCCGAAUAUCUUACACCCCCAAGCCAGGUUCCCUCCUGCACAUCCAAAUGCCUUACCCGGGGAAAUCCAAAGACUCAGCUCCCUUCUGGAAAUGGAGAGCGCCGGAAGAUUUGAAGACAACCAGAAACUGGCCCACCUGGAGGCAGAACUGGAAGAGACGAAACUCCAGUUAAAAAGGCAGAAAGGUCUCAAAGAAAUGUUUAUCAACCAGGCCAAAGAAGCAAAGAGGGAACUUGAGAGAGUACAGAAGUUCAGUGACCCAGCAGUCCUUAAUGCUGCGGUCAUUGCUUCCAAGGUUCACAAUGAUGUGAAAUACAAGAAGAAGAAGCCCUUGCAGCAGGACUUUGUGGAAUUGAAGGUGGCCCACAUUCUCAGCCAGGAAGCAUUUAUAGCUGAAAUACAGGCGGAGAGAGAGAAAAGUCUGGCCCUCCAAAAAGAACUGGAAGAACUCCAGACUUCCCACGAGGAACUGCAAUCCAAGUAUGAAGCAGACGUUGCUCGGCUGAGGCAGGAGGCCGAGACACAAAAGCUUUAUGAAGUGAGGCUUAGUGAGGAACUUGAUCACGUUCGUGUUUCAUACGAGGAGUUAAAAAGUAGGUAUGAAACAGACAUUAUGGAAUUACAGAGUGCCCAGGCUGAGUUGGAGAAAGUUAACACUUUGUACCAGGAACUACAUUGUCGGUAUGAAACAGAUGUCACUUCUCUCAAACAACAAGCAGAGAAAUACCAGCAAGAGACAAGUUGUUUAAAAAAUGAUAUGCAAAGAGCAGUAGAGGAUCUACUGCUGCCUGACACUAUGAGAGCUGAGACAGAAUUUUUCCAACCAAAACCCAUCACAGUUUUCCAAGAGAAGGAGGAAGACUUGCAGAGCCAGGUCGACCUGGGUAAAGUUUUAAGCCAAGAGGUUUCUUCGGAGGAGGAACUCUCCGGAGAAACCUUAUCAGGUUGCUCCUCGGAUCCAGAAUCCACGGAAGAGACUGAGAUCUCUGGAGAAACCAUCCUGGAGGAUUUGGAAAAUCCAGAUAUUGAAGCCAUGCAGGAUGGUAAAAAAAAGAAAUAUAAAUUUUCGAUUUGGAAAAAAAUACAAAAAACUCUGCGAUUGAAGAAGCCAAAAAAAACCCAAAAGAGUGAAGAACCCCAAAAUCAAGAACAUGUCUAAUGUUCUUGAUUUUGAUAUUUAGAGGAGAAAGACAUGCAAGAGAGGAACCAAGGACCGGAAUCAAACGCAUGGAGGUCGUACCCUCUGUGUACGGGGCGCCAUGCGACACUCCAUCAAAAUUAAAUUUAAAAUGUUAAAAUUUGUAUCCCCCAUUGACAUACUAGAAAAUAGAUCCCUUCCCAACCC